AUGGAGGUAGAAGUGAGGCUGGGCCCUUCAACACACCCGAAAAUCCCUGAGCUCACCGGCAUGAAAAAAAAACCCAUAGCAAGCCUCGGUGAUAGAAGCAAGCCACCGGCUCAAGGCAAGGGACAACGAGGGCGAACCGAGACGGAUUACGCCGCAACAUUGAAGGCGACUCGCAGGCGCAGACGACUCAGCAAGGGCAGGGGUACUCGGGAAGAGUCCCAACGCGGACGGGUGCGGAAGAGGCUGGCGAGGUCCGAUGGCAACCUGGACAGGAGGCAACUUCACCAGGAGGUAGGGCGACAGCGGCGACUUCAGGUCGGUUGGCGCGGUGGCUUGCAGUAG